CACUAUAUAACAAGCUUUUCUGCCACAAACAAACACACACCAACUCAACAUCACUUGUAUCAACUAUCAACCGUUGAAUAUUCACUCAUUCUACUUCAAUUCGUUCUACUUUUGUUAGCCAUGUCGAACACAGCUGGUCAGGUCAUCAAGUGUAGAGCCGCGGUUUCAUGGGAGGCAGGGAAGCCGCUUGUGAUUGAAGAAGUGGAGGUGGCGCCACCGCUGGCCGGUGAAGUGCGCCUGAAGAUACUCUACACCUCCCUUUGCCACACUGAUGUUUACUUCUGGGAAGCUAAGGGUCAGACUCCAUUGUUUCCUCGUAUAUUUGGUCAUGAAGCUGGAGGGAUUGUGGAGAGCGUAGGGGAAGGAGUGACUCAUCUGAAACCAGGGGACCAUGCCCUUCCUGUAUUCACAGGAGAAUGUGGUGAAUGCCCACAUUGUAAGUCAGAGGAGAGCAACAUGUGUGAUCUUCUUAGGAUCAACACUGAUAGGGGUGUCAUGAUUAGUGACAACCAGUCAAGAUUCUCCAUAAAAGGAAAACCCAUAUACCAUUUUGUUGGUACCUCAACAUUCAGUGAAUACACUGUUCUUCAUGCUGGAUGUGUUGCAAAGAUCAACCCUGCUGCCCCACUUGACAAAGUUUGUAUUCUCAGUUGCGGAAUAUGCACAGGUCUUGGUGCUACUGUCAAUGUUGCUAAACCAAAACCUGGUUCUUCUAUUGCCAUCUUUGGACUUGGAGCUGUUGGCCUUGCUGCUGCUGAAGGAGCAAGGAUUUCUGGUGCAUCAAGAAUCAUUGGGGUUGAUUUAGUUUCCAGCCGAUUUGAAGAAGCUAAGAAGUUUGGAGUCAAUGAGUUCGUGAACCCAAAAGAUCAUGAUAAACCUGUACAAGAGGUAAUUGCUGAAAUGACCAAUGGAGGUGUGGAUCGUGCUGUUGAAUGCACUGGCAGCAUCCAGGCCAUGAUCUCUGCAUUUGAAUGUGUCCAUGAUGGUUGGGGUGUUGCUGUACUUGUUGGAGUGCCAAACAAAGAUGAUGCAUUCAAAACUCAUCCUGUGAAUUUCUUGAAUGAGAGGACACUUAAGGGCACCUUCUAUGGCAACUACAAACCACGCACUGAUCUUCCUAAUGUUGUGGAGAAGUACAUGAAAGGGGAACUUGAGCUGGAGAAAUUCAUCACCCACACAGUUUCAUUCUCAGAGAUUAACAAAGCUUUUGAUUACAUGCUGAAAGGAGAGUCCAUCAGAUGUAUCAUCCGCAUGGAGGAGUAAAACCCAAAAAUGAUGUGAGAGGUUGCCUAUUUGGGGACUGAGUACUCUUUCUGGUUGUGAAAAUAUAUAUUUGUGAGGAUUUGUGAAAUUUGAAUGGUGAGAAUGAUAAGGCCUUUGUUUCUGUAUUCUCUUACAGAUGAUAAUAAAAUUUUGAUUUUGUUAA